AAUGUGCGGGAAAUACAAAUACUAGUUCCAAUCUCUCUCUCUCUUCACAAGAACAACACAGUUCAGUUCACCAGAGAGAGAGAGAGAGAGAGAGAAAUGGAGGAGGAGAAAGUGAAAGAGAAAGAGCAAGAGAGGAACGCGGUGGAACAACGCUACACACAGUGGAAAUCUCUCGUUCCCGUUCUCUACGACUGGCUCGCUAACCACAACCUCGUCUGGCCUUCACUCUCAUGCCGAUGGGGUCCUCAACUCGAACACGCUACCUACAAGAACCGCCACCGUCUCUAUCUCUCUGAACAGACUGACGGCACUGUUCCCAACACUCUCGUCAUCGCUAAUUGCGAGGUUGUUAAACCUAGGGUUGCUGCUGCUGAACACAUUUCACAGUUCAAUGAAGAAGCUCGCUCUCCCUUUGUCAAGAAGUUCAAAACUAUUCUGCAUCCUGGUGAGGUGAACAGAAUCAGGGAACUCCCGCAAGAUGGUAAGAUAGUAGCCACACACACAGAUAGUCCCAAUGUACUGAUUUGGGAUGUUGAAUCUCAACCUAAUCGUCAGGCUGUUCUAGGGGCUCCCACUUCCCGCCCUGACCUGGUAUUGACUGGGCAUAAGGAUGAUGCUGAAUUUGCACUGGAUAUGUGUCCUACUGAGCCCUUUGUUCUUUCCGGAGGGAAGGACAAGUGUGUGGUCCUAUGGAGUAUUCAUGAUCAUAUUUCAACUUUAGGGGUAGAAGCAGGAUCCACCACUCCUAAACAGGGAUCGGGAUCUAAAGUUACGGGCAAUAGUGAGAAAACUACAGAAAGCCCUUCAGUUGCUCCUCGGGGCAUCUACAAGGGUCAUACAGACACUGUUGAGGAUGUGCAAUUUUGCCCAUCAAGUGCACCGGAGUUCUGUAGUGUUGGUGAUGAUUCUCGUCUCAUACUCUGGGAUGCACGAGUUGGAUCAACUCCAGUUGCCAAGGUUGAGAAGGCGCAUGAUGGAGAUCUUCAUUGUGUUGAUUGGAAUCCUCAUGAUAUAAAUUUUAUUCUGACUGGUUCUGCUGAUAAUACGGUUCACAUGUUUGAUCGCCGGAAAUUUAACAAUCGCGGACUUGGGUCUCCUGUUCAUAAAUUUAAAGGUCAUGAUGCUGCAGUCCUCUGUGUACAGUGGUGUCCUGACAAAUCAUCUGUAUUUGGAAGUGCUGCUGAAGAUGGCAUUUUGAACAUCUGGGACUAUGAGAAGGUGGAUACAACAGGUUCGGCGGCUGAUCCAAAAGGAUCAGAUAACCCCCCUGGUUUAUUCUUUCGACAUGCUGGGCAUAGGGACAAGAUUGUUGACUUCCAUUGGAAUGCUUCUGAGCCAUGGACGAUUGUUAGUGUCUCUGAUGAUUGUGGAAGUACUGGUGGAGGUGGCACCCUACAGAUAUGGCGGAUGAUUGAUCUGAUUUAUCGACCUGAGGAGGAGGUGCUGGAUGAACUUGAUAAGCUCCAAUCUCAAAUUACUGGAAGUAAUUGAUGACAUGUUUGAAAAAAAUUUGUCUUUCGGCCAAUGCGGGAUACAGUGUAGAAUGUUAAUAGAUCCUUUUAUUUUUAAGGGGGGAAAAAUCAGUGUUAAAAAAGUAAAAGAUGACUCCAUGGUUCAGUAGAGAAAAACUCGAAAUAUUUGGAUUUCCUGCUUAUUCUUUCUUUGAUA